AACAUAUUUUGUAAACAAGCAAAAUUAAAAAAAUGGAUAAAUCGAUAUUGCUAGGCAUGCAGAGCCGAGAAUUCGAAGAUAUCUUGGAAUAAUCAUAGUGAUGUCGAAAGAAAAUAAUAACUUACGAUUGUUAGGUUCGCCUGUUAAUCUUUCUUAUAGAAACAAGAAGAGAGAAGACAAAAGAAACAACAGAGGUCGACCGCGAUCAGCGUUGCAAAAUUCUUCUGUUCCGGACAAUCAAGAGAGAUAUAAAAGACCAUUUUCCGCUGACACUAAGGACAGAGCACCCUCUACGAGAUCUUUUUUCAAAGUAUUUAGUGCUGAACUUUUGCAAUCAUAUAACAAUUCUCCGUUAACAGUAAAAGUUCUACCACCAACAGAAGAGUUACUCGGCAGUUCAAAGAAUUUUGAAAACCAAAUUACCAAAAAAGACAAAGAUAUUUGCAGCAACGCUUCAGAUUACGGUUCUGAAGACACUUUCAUAAGCUUAGGAACUAAGAUAAAAGCCAAAGCGCAAUUGGGUCCAAAGAAUAGGAAUAUUAAUUCUAAAAAUGCUCUAAAGUAUAGGAACAAUACAAAGAAAAAUCGUAAACCAGUAGAUAUGAGUGCAAAUUCUAAGGAUUCUCCAAGGGAUAAUUAUGGCAUGGAAGUCACUAUUACAGAGAGACCAAGGUCAACGUCCCCCACAAGAUAUAAAGAUAUGUUUGAACUAAGAUCUAUGUCACCAACCUUUAAAAAUAAACCAUAUGAAUCUUACUUUCUUCCACUGGACAAGAGACCUACUGAGAGCAACUUAGAUCUUGAUCCUGCUUUAAAAAGUUGUUCUGUAAAUGAUGUUGAUACUUUUUCUCGCCGACUCUUGCAAACAAGGCAGCAACUGUCGUUAGUUGAAGAAGAAUCAACACAAGAUUUGGAUAGUAAUAUUUCUCAACAUAUGCUAAGCUUGCCUCCAGAUGAUGUAAGACAGGAGACUAAUAAGUCUAAGGAAAAUGAUGUAGAUAGAAACUUCACUACUAACUACUUAGAACAUUCUAGUACUCAUAAAAAUGAAGAAACUCGUGAUUAUAUUAAUGGAUCUCACACAUACAGGACAAUUUUUAAUGAAUUUCAUACAAAUAUUAUUGACAAAGCCAAAAUGUCAAGCACAAUGAUCCCAACAGAUGCAUCCUCAAAAGAUUCUGGUUAUCAAGAUAGCGGAGCAAAAGAUGACAAACCAUACAAUGCACAGACUUACUCCCUACCAUCUACAUCAUUUAAUGGUAACUCCAAUGCAAAUGUACAUGAACAACCAAAGAGUUUAGAAAGUACAUCUUCUAAAGAGUCAAACUAUAAAGACUUUUCAAAUGACAAGAAUAAAAUAGAGCCUUUAAAUCAUAGCAGAUUGCUGUAUAAGGAUUUUUUUCUUAAGAAAGAAGGUCAUGUAGCUCUACCACCGCAAAAUACACCAAAGAAAGAUGAUGAUACACCUGAAUCGAGUGAACCAACAAGCUCCAAGAUUGAUGAGGAAAACACGAAUUUGGAGUAUCCAUCAUACCUUUUGAACAGUUCAACAAAAGCAUAUACUUCAAAAGUCAUUGAAGAUUACAAAAAAGAAAUAGCGGCUAUUAAUACUUUACAUGAACUGACUCUAAAAGAUAUAAAGACAGAUGCCGUUUCACCUACUCCGCUUAACAUCAACGAAAUGUUUGAACAAUACUCCACUAACUUGUCAGAUAAUAGGAGAGAUGAAGGUGGUAAUUCCAGUUCUAAUACUUACGACGAUUCACAAUCAAAAGACAAAAACUCAUUUGAUCAGAAACAAAAAGAUAUAUCAAAAGUAACAACAAAAGAACUGAUUCAAAAUUAUUUCAAAGUCAAAGGAGAUUACAAGCCGGAAAACAUGCCAAAGAAUAUCAAAAAGUUUGAUAAGAAAUUAAACAACAUGCUGUCGAAAAAUGAAGAAAAUUCUGGUUACAAAAGAUUCUGGAAUAACAAAAACGCAAAUAAAAAUACUGACAAAAAUUCUUCUAUCGCAAAAAAUGCUGGUCAAAGAAAUGUAUUCACGAUGAAAACUCCGCUAAGUGCAAGGACUGAUAAUAUUCAAACUGAUAAAGAUAUAGAAUCUUGGAUGUCAAUGUCGGCUCCUUCGCCAAGAAUACUCGAAAUAGAUACCGAAGUAACUACAGAACAACUUCCUAGAGCCAAAAGUCCUGUAAAGAGUGAAAUUACUCCAGUGAGUCAAGUUCAGACAAAUAAUAAUACAGAUGUUCCAAAACCAAAGGAUCUGAGCUCAAAUUCUACUGUAAUGGACAUUUAUUCCAUGUUAAAAGAGAUUGAGAGUUACGGAGACAAUCCGGUCACGUCAUUUGCAGAAUCUCAAGUGCAACAAACACAAGUAAAAGAGGAAGAAAGAUCUCACACACCGAAAGAUAACUUUAUGGAGAUAUUCGAAUUCCUGGAAAAAGUUGAGCAGAGCGCUAGUGAAGCUCUUUCAGUUGUUACCAGUUCAGUGCCUCAAAGCGUUCCAAAACUCGAAUUGCUCCUAAAACUACCUCAAACUGAACUAGCACAGCGGUUGGUCACAGCUUCAUUACAAUUGGAAGAAAGAUCGUGCUGCAUCGCUCUGUUGCAAGAGAGUCUUGCUAAUCAUAAGGAGCAGAUGAUAAGCAAAGUCAGUAACCUAGAGAAGCAGUCGCACCGUAACAUCGCUAAAGUGAAACAGGAGUGCGAAGAAACAAUAAAGAGACAUCAGAAUUUUAUUGAUCAGCUGAUAAAUGACAAGAAAACGCUUAACCAUCGUAUAGAAGAGUUGGUGGACGAGAGAAGGUCACUAGAAGAGAGAUGGAAGCGAUCUGCUCAAGCUUUGGAGGAGAGAUACAAGUUGGAGCUUCGAAAUCAACACGACAAGAUGGCCGCCGCUCAACAGGUAGCCAGACAGCGUUGGGUCCGACAGAAGGCUGAGAAGAUUAAGGAAUUAACAGUAAAAGGUCUAGAGGGGGAGCUUAGAGAAAUGGCGGAAAGACAACAAAAAGAGAUAUCCGACUUGAAGAUGUUUCACGCGGAACAAAUCGGAAAGUUGAACGCGAAGCGUGCGAGCGAGAUGGAAGAUCUGAGACGCACGCUCGAGACAGAGAGGGAAGAGGCUUUGGUUAAAGAGAGGCAAUUGGCUAGCUCGAGGUUAGAAAAACAAAUACUAGAGCUAGAAAUGUCUUACCAAGAGCAACGCACGCGACUCAUAGCGGAGAUGAGAGCGGAGAACGAGAGAGUUGCGCAAGAGUUGAGUGAGAGAGAGAGGACGCAGAGAGAGGAGUUUGAAAAAUGGCGGACGGAACAAGAACGUUUAUUGGAGAUGAAGAAAGAAAAUGUUGAAGCAGAGAUAAUGAAAGAGAAGGAAAAGUUGCAGGAACAAAUGAACCAAAAGCGCAUUGAACUAGAAGAAGAAUUCGCGUCAUACAAGAAACAGCACGAAGCGGAACAGCAGCUUGCGUUCAAAAAGAGAGUGACGGAGAUAGCGGCGCAGCACAAGUGCGAGCGGGACAGGGAGAUAGAGAGGGCGAUAGAGAGCAUGGAGGCGGAGGCGCAGGCGGGCAGGAGGGAGUUGCAGGAUGCUUUGAGGAGAAACAAGGAACACUAUGAGACUGAACUAAAGGAAUUGGCUGAAACGGAACAAGCGACGUUAAAAAGAUACCAAGACGCACAGGCCAGGAUACGGCUGCAGGAUGAUAAAUGUGCGGAGUUGGAAGUGGCCAUAAGUCAACUGGAAACAAGGAAUAGGAUUUUGACAGAGAAAAAUAUCCAACUCGAGGGUCGAGCGGAAGAAAUUAAAUCCAAUUGCGAAGAAACAUGGCGGGCGAAGGUAGAGAGCUUGCAGAAAGAGAUGGAAGAGUUGAAGAAGACCCAUGAAGAGCAGAUGCAUCAGUUGUAUGCGAAAGUCAAAGUAGCAGUAGCACGCAAGGACUCAGCCAUACAAGCGCUGACUCGAGAGAACGGGAAGUAUCAGGAAAAAAUUACUCUUUUGGAGCAAAAACUGCAACAACAGAGGAAGGACUUUUUGAAGUCCAAAUAGAUGUAAUAUUUUGUAGUUUUUAUGCGAAAGAAAAGAUUGAUAUUUGUUUGGAAUAAUAUUUUUGAAACUGA